UUCGGUUAGAGUAGUGGUUCACAGCUCAUCUCAAGAUCAGUGCUCCCAGUUCGUCGUUCAGUUUCUGUACCCAAAAUUUCCAUCGCUUGUUCUGAAAUGUCCACAGCAUUGCGCCGUGUGUUUGUUUACGGUACGCUGAAAAAAGGAGAACCCAACCAUCACUGGCUAACAGAUGUAAGCAACGGACGGGCUCGUUUCAUAGCCAAAGGCCGGACGACUGUGCAGUAUCCGCUUAUUGUCGCCACCCGGUAUAACAUUCCAUUUCUGUUGGAUGUGCCCGGUACCGGACACUUUGUUGUUGGUGAAAUUUACGAAAUAGACGAUCGGAUGCUCGGUCGACUCGAUGUGCUGGAGGUCUAUCCGAAACUGUACGAUCGUCGACCGGAAGUGAUACGGAACGAGGAGACCAACGUCGUCGAGAGUUGCUGGAUUUAUCUAAUGCGAAGCUUUCCAAAACGUUUGCUGGAAAAACAAUUGUUGGAGGAAUACAGAGACAGUCCGGACAAACCCUACGUGGAGGCUGAUGAUAUCGAGUUUGAUUAGUAGAAAACCAACACCAUGAUAAGGAAGCAAGUGAAGAACUAAAUAAUGUACUAAUUAGACGGUCGGUUCGCAUUUCAAACAACUAUAAUAAAAACACAACACGUGUGGGAGGAAGCGUGGCGAUCCGGCUCGCACUUCCGCCGUACGAGCUUUUGUAAAUAGAACGGAAUUGAUCUAAACGGAUAUGUCGGAAGGAUCAUCAC